AUGCUCUUCUCCCGUAUCACUCAUGUAUGUUCGCUAUGGAGGAGUGUUGCAUUAGCCAAUGGUUUCUUGUGGUCGCGCAUUACCCUUGUGCAUCCAGUACACCCUCGGAGCCUCUCUUACGUCGCCACUUGGCUCACAAGGUCAAAUCCUUAUCCAAUCGACCUAAUUUUUGACCUCCGUGACCCAGAGUGGGACUGGAACGAAGAUAACCAUGUCAUUCGUUGGCAAGAAAUGGAAACAAUUGUCCGACUUAUCCUACCCCAUGUCAAAAGGUGGAGGCUUGUCGAAUUAUUAACAGAUACCUGGGCGCCCAUUUUCACCUUCUUGUGGUAUACUCGGGCGGUAGAAUCUGCACCCAUGCUUGAAACACUCUCACUUACUCGUUGCAACGCAUACUAUGCAGCACGGGGCCAAACCUUCGAGCCGUCUUCCCUCGCCGAACCGAUGAAGCUUUUUGGGGGUAUCGCUUUCGAGAGUUUAAGAAGCGUCACCUUGGUAGGUGUCCACAUUGAUUGGAACCAACCAACCCCUCGAAAUCUGCGCAAGCUUGAGUUGAAAUUCCAGGCUAGCAGUGUCAUGCCAUCAUUGUCUCAAUUUAACGCCAUUGUCAACAAUUGCCCGCAUCUUUCCCAUCUUGUGAUCUAUGGGUGGGGUCCCACACUUCCUGAUUCAUCCCCUCCAAGUAUCGAAACCCGUGUUCGGAUACAAAAUCUCCAGACGUUAUCACUGGGAUUACUGGACGCGGACUACACAACGCAAUUUCUAUCUUUCCUGGACGUUCCUCUUCUCAAACAUCUUAUCCUGGAAGAUGUGACGAGAGCAGUCAGUCCCAGCGAAACACCAGACGCAACCUCCCUGUUUAGAUGGCUAAGUCGUAGCAUUUCUAGCCAUUCAGACAGAAAACAUUACAUCCCGACCUAUCUUCCUUUGCCCUCACUCAAGUCAUUGGAAUUACGCGGUAUAUCCAUUGGCAGAGAAGAAUUAGUUCCUGUCUUCCGACAAUUAUCAUCAUUGACACAUCUGGGGUUAUACAACGUAUCCGAUGAAACAAUCACCGCUUUGGGUGAUCCUUGCGAAAAUAACUCGCAGCAUUCUUUACCCAAUCUUCGAGAGCUUGUUUUCCAGGAUGUGAAUGCAGAAGUAGUGCUUGAUGUUGUCACCCAACGCGCUUCCUUGGGCGCUGCGCUAGAUCGUAUUUCGCUUCGGUUUUGUUCCAGUCAUCCCAUUUCAACAAACUCAAUAACAUAUCUACGACUCCUAAACGCUGGAUUCGAUAUCUCAGGAAGUACUGGCAGCGAAUCGACCGAUUCGGAUGACGGACUUUAUCAAGAGGGGCUCAAGGACCUCCAGUGGGUGCUUCCAAAUAGCGUUGAAGGUCGGCAAUGUCCUGCUGAAGCUCCCGACGUCGAUCAAAAGGCGCACUUUCGAUUCGCUCUUUGUUUAUUCGAGUUGAAACGUUUUGGAGAAGCCAUCAAAAAGAUGGACGAGUAUCGCGAGGUAAUUGGAGGCAAGCCCACUGCCGCUGAGAGGGAGCUACGCUCCAAAAUCCUGCAUGCCAUCAUGGAUCGUGACCAAGGUCGAUGCUUCCCAGCAACGGAACGUUCAGAUGCCGUUCCUGGGCGGCUACUGCGGUAUGAGGUCAAAGUUUUUAACAAUGCACACGGAAUCCUCUUUUUCGAUGAUAUACCAGAAGCUCUGUGCUCGAAAAAUCCUCCUGAGAUCCCUUCGAGACUCUAUGCCGUCAAAUUGGUAUCCAAAUACCAUAACGCGAUACUGAAACAGAGGGAUUGGCUUUGUUGGAACUGUCAAGCUCCGGCUAUCAGCUUCAUUCACUCGCCAGCACUCUACUUCCAGCUGAAGGAGCCCAAGGUCGUUGAUUAUGCCCAACCCAUAUGCGAGGAUGGUGGUAAUUGCGAUAUUUCUGCGAGGAACAUGAUGGCAGAGACAAUGCGUCUUACAGCCACACUCAAUCAGGCGACUGACUCUCUACAAAAAUAA